GCGCGGCCGUUGCUAGGCGCGGUGGGCUCUCGCGAUACUUCCGGGCGGCGCCAAGAUGGCGGAGGCGGUGUCGGAGCUGCUGGAGCGGGCGGCGCGGCGGGAAGCGCCGCUGGAGGAGCUGCGGGCGCUGCGCCUGGCCCUGCAGGCCGUGCCGCCCGCCGCCCUCCGCGCCCGCCUCAGCGACCGCCACCUGGCAGCGCUCUUCACCCUCCUCAGCGUCAAUGACCGGGAGCAGGUGUCCGCCUGUGUUUCUAUCCUGGAGAGGCUCCUGCCGGCCCUGGACCCGCUCUAUGUCAUCCAGAACCUCCGAGAAGAGCUCCAGAAAGGGCUUUUCCACCCCGAUGACUCCGUGAAGAUCCUCAGCAUAUCUCAGGUUGGGCGAAUUGUUGAAAAUUCAGGUGCCGUUACAGAAAUUCUCAACAGUCCUGAACUAUUACGGCAAAUAAUAAAUUGCAUUGGUGGAGAGAAGAUAGCAGUGGCUAAAGAGGCCAUCAAAUCUCUCUCAAGACUGGCGCAGACGCAGGAUGGCUUAGAGGCUUUAUUUGUGAGCAGUUUGUUGAGUGACUUGAAAAAUGUCAUGGCAACAAGUGAUGUUGUUCGCUACAGAGUGUAUGAGUUAAUUGUUGAGAUUUCUUCAGUAUCAGCAGAAUCGCUGAAUUACUGUGCAAACAGUGGGUUGAUAUCGGAGUUAAUUGGAGAGUUGACUGGAGACGACGUGCUGGUCAGAGCUACGUGCAUAGAGAUGGUGACCUCGCUGGCCCACACUCCACAUGGGCGCCAGUAUCUUGCUCAACAAGGAAUUAUCGAUAAAAUUUCAAACAUCAUUCUUGGUGCAGAGUCUGAUCCUUUCUCAGGCUUCUAUCUACCAGGAUUUGUUAAGUUUUUUGGAAACCUGGCUGUUGUAGACAGUCCGCAGCAGAUCUGUGAGCGAUACCCGGUCUUCAUGGAAAAAGUCUUUGAAAUGGCAGAAAGUCACGACCCGACGAUGAUUGGAGUGGCUGUGGACACGCUGGGCGUCCUGGGAUCAACUGUGGAAGGCAAACAGGUUCUGCAGAAAGCAAGAAGUCGAUUUCAAAAUCUGUUAAACAGAAUAGGGCACCAGGCAAAGAAUGCUCCCACAGAAUUACGGCUUCGCUGCUUGGAUGCGAUUUCAGCUCUUCUUUACUUGCCUCCGGAGCAGCAGACCGAUGACCUUUUACGAAUGACUGAAUCGUGGUUCGCAUCCCUGUCUAACCAGCCGCUGGAGCUCUUCAGGAGCAUCAGUACUCAGCCAUUCCCUGACCUCCACUGUGGGGCUUUACGGGUAUUUACCGCUAUUGCGAAUCAACCAUGGGCCCAGAAGUUGAUGCUUGACAGUCCGGGAUUUGUGGAAUACAUUGUAGACAGAUCUGUGGAGCCUGACAAAGCUUCGAAGGAUGCCAAAUAUGAACUGGUUAAGGCCCUUGUAAACUCUAAAACAAUUGCGGAAGUCUUUGGAAAUCAGUAUUACUUGAGGCUUAGGGCUUACUUGCAUGAAGGCCCUUACUAUGUUCAGGCAGCUUCUACUACAGCCGUGGAAGGAGCAGAAUAAUAUCUUUGGUGUCUUGGUUCCCCUUCUUACAAACCAUGUUACUGAAAUAGGUGUUAUGGUGUAAGGUGUAAAGACUCCUCGUGCUGGAGUCUUUUUAGGGGAAUGUGGAGCACUUUGACUCUAUUCGAAAUUAGAGUCGUGAGAGCAAAUCAAAACCUCGAGGGCACAGCGUAAUUUCCCAUAGGAUGUCAUGGCAGAAGUUCUCUGUGUACUGUCGUGAGACAGCAAACCAAGGCGAGCGCUCUGUCACCUGCCGACUCUUAUUUUGCAGAAUUUAUCAGUGUUUAGUUAAACUGUUCUUGGGUUUGGAGUUUCUAUCAUGUUUUCUCAGUAGAUCACUGUUCAAUUAAAACAAACAAACAAACAAACACCAAACCACCUCGAGGUUUGUAACCUCAGAUGCUGCCGUAGUCUCUCUUUCUCUCUUUUUAUUUUUUUAUAUCUGCCAAAUUGGUACUCACAUGGAAUGUACUCUUGUAGUUGUAUUCUGUCAGAAUCCCUGUCCGUGGGAAUAAGUAGCAUUCUGUCCACACGAGGGAGUACGAACUGGAUUCUCCUCUGUUGCCAACUUGCUGGAUGCGAAUCUUGCUUGAAUAAAUAAUCCUAAACAUUG